AUGGACCUAAUCCAAAAUUAUACUUCAGAUUCGGACAGCCAAGAAGAAGAAGAAGAAGGGCUUGUAAGCGCACACACAUUGAAGAGAAUAGGGGAGCUACAUCUGUUGCAAUCUCAACCAUUACCGACACCACCUCCUAUUCAAAUAUUCCUGCAACAAUACCAAAACAUGCACUCGGCGUCGAAAGUGUCGGCAAUAUUUACAUCGAUGCCGUGGACUCCUUCAGUUACGGCCCUAUCUCAGCUCGAAAAAGCCGUGAACUAUGUCGUCUCACAAAUUCCUGCAUUGUCACAGAACUACAAAUUUGUUGCACCAAAUAAGGACCCUUUUCGAGUGGAGAAGCAUCAUAUAACGAUUUUCCCCACCUUGCACAUGAAGGAAGAGUACGAGUCACAGUAUACUAGCCUCAUGCGCGAGAGAUUGAAUAGCAUAAAGCCUCCAGCCAAUUUGAUCUACAAGGCCGACUUGGCCAAGAAUCAGUCGCCUCUUUUGAAGCUUCUCGAUAACUCAAAACCAUCAAUUCGUCUAUCAUUUCAAAGUACGAUGUCUAUUUGUAAGAGUCCAUUGAAAGACUCAUUGUUUUGCACAAUUGAAAUCAAUCAAACUCCCGACUCGUUAAGCUAUUUUAAUAAUUUAAUAGAGGGUUGCAAAACAUCAGCCGAAAAAUCAAAUGCCCAGGUGCAAUUUCCUGAGUUAUUGAAUGACCCUAUGCACGUGUCAGUUGCAACGGGAUAUGUCAUUAGAAAAAGCAUGUCAGUUGGAGAGGUUGACAAAAUCAAUCAGCACGUCACCGCCUUAGACAUUAGCCAAUUCACAAAAGAUAUACCUAUAGUUGUUAAUGAGUUAACGAUACGAAAUAUGUAUCAAAUGACUUCAACAUCACUACCGCUAAUAUAG